CCAGAGCACUGAGAGAUACAAGCGCUGCAGAAAAUGUUGCUGCACUACAAAUAACUGAUAAUAAUAUCAGGUAUUGAUGUAACUGGAGUGAAUAAAGGAACCUUCUUCCUGAGCACAGGCAUUGGAGCCUGUUAUCAGCAUGAACUCAUUUGUGUUAGACAAACAUGUGAAAAGUUCAUCUGCAGUCUUCACUACAGGAAGCAUCAGAAGGAUACCACAGACUCCAACAUUUUUAGACACUAAUGACUAUUCACAAACCUUGGGGAAAUCACAGCAGAUAUUUAAAGAUGAUGAUGAAUGGUCAGGAACUGGGCAGCAAUCAUUAUGUACAGAGAGUAAUUUAGUCAUCAAACAAGAGGAAAAGAUUUAUGCCUUGUCUAGUGAAAUGAUUAUCCCAGAGGAUAAACCACAAACAUUUACCAAGCUUUCAAAAAAAUUUAAAGAAGAGAAAAGUCUACAGUCUAACCAAAUGAUUCAUACAAAGGAGAAACCGUUCAAAUGUACAGAAUGUGAGAAAGGCUUUAGAUGGAAGUCUCGUCUCCUAGAACACCACAAAAUUCACACAUGUGAGAAGCCAAACACAUAUCCUGAGUGUGGAAAAAGUUUUACACAAAUGACAAAACUUAUAGCUCAUAAAAGGACCCACACAGGGGAGAAACCAUUCAGCAGUGAAAAAAGAUUUACAGAAAAGAGUAGUCUGAAAAAACAUGAAAUGAAUCACACAGAAGAAAAGCCUUUCACAUGUACAGAGUGUAGAAAAAGUUUCACACAUAUGAGUUAUCUAAUAAAUUAUGAAAGGAUUCACACAGUAGAAAAGCCUUUCACAUGUACAGAGUGUGGAAAUAGUUUUGCACAAAAGAGUGAUCUGAAAAAUCAUGAAAGGAUUCACACAGGAGAAAAACCUUUCACAUGUACAGAGUGUGGAAAAAGUUUUACUGAAAAGCGUGAUCAGAAAAAGCAUGAAAGGAUUCACACAGGAGAAAUGCCUUUCACAUGUACAGAGUGUGGAAAAGGUUUUACAUAUAUGAGUAAUUUGAAAACUCAUGAAAGGAGUCACACAGGAGAAAAGCCUUUCACAUGUACAGAGUGUGGAAAAAGUUUUAGAUAUAUGAGUAAUUUGAAAUCUCAUGAAAGGAGUCACACAGGAGAAAAGCCUUUCACAUGUACAGAGUGUGGAAAAAGUUUUACAUAUAUGCGUAAUUUGAAAACUCAUGAAAGGAGUCACACAGGAGAAAAGCCUUUCACAUGUACAGAGUGUGGAAACAGUUUUACACAAAAGAGUGAUCUGAAAUCUCAUGAAAGGAUUCACACAGGAGAAAAGCCUUUCACAUGUACAGAGUGUGGAAAAAGUUUUGCACAUAUAAAAAGUCUGAAAACUCAUAAAAUGAUUCACACAGGAGAAAAGCCUUUCACAUGUACAGAGUGUGGAAAAGGUUUUAUAUAUAUGAGUAAUCUGAAAACUCAUGAAAGGAGUCACACAGGAGAAAAGAUGUUCACAUGUACAGAGUGUGGAAAAUGUUUUAAACAAAUAAGUAGUCUGAAAUAUCAUGAAAUGAUGCACACAGGAGAAAAGCCUUUCACAUGUACAGAGUGUGGGAAAAGUUUUACACGAAUGGAUCUUCUGAAAUCUCAUGAAAGGAGUCACACAGGAGAAAAGCCGUUCACAUGUACAGAGUGUGGAAAAUGUUUUAAACAAAUAAGUAGUCUGAAAUAUCAUGAAAUGAUUCACACAGGAGAAAAUCCUUUCACAUGUACAGAGUGUGGAAAAUGUUUUAGAUAUAAGGGUAAACUGAGAAAACAUGAAAGUAUUCACAAGGGAAAAAACCUUUCACAUGUUUAGAAAGUGGAAAAAAAGUCGGGUAUCACAAAACACCAAAUAUUUACACACAGAUACAUUUUAAAUACACAGUGUACAAACAUUUUUACAAUUAUCCUAAAGAGGACAAACUCUCUAAAUAGAAGCAUCAAAAUGGAUCCUAUUGUAAAUAAUACUUUCUAAAUCCCAUUUAUAAAAGCCCCAGAUUAGAAGAGCUCUUUUGCUGUCCUUUGUUCCUCUAUAUAUGUGCACCUCAGUUUCUCUUAUAUAUGUGAUAGAAUCGAAACACCACACAGAAAUAUACAGAUCCGUCCUCAUACUGACAAGUUUACACAACCAUUCAACACCAAAGCACCCCCUGUGUUUAUUAAUAUUGUACAGGAAAAAAUUAUAUUUUCCUUGUUUAUUAAUGUCAGUAUAUGGCAGGGUUAUAAUAUAAUAUAUUUAAUAAUUAUCCUUUAAAAUAAACCUCCAAUAAAAAUGCAUAUACAAAACAAUAAAAUUAAUGUAAAUUCUUAAAUUUUUUAUAUUAGUUAAAAUUUAUAGACACAUUGAAAUAUAUUUGUAGAAAGCAAGACCUGCAUCAAACUAUACACAUUUAAACUAUUAUAAUAUGCUAUGCAACAAUCACAAAAGUUACCUUAUUUAUUAACCUUAUUCGCAGUUGAAUUUAAUUAAAAUACCACAAUGAGAUACCAAGAUAUGAGCCACUAACUUUACCAGUGUUUAGUUAAACAAUAGAACAAUACACUUUGCCAGUCAAUUUCUAUUCUGUUAUCUGAGAUAAAAUAAA